GGCUGAGGGGAGGCCCGGAGCCUUUCUGGGGCCUGGGGGAUCCUCUUGCACUGGUGGGUGGAGAAAAGUGCCUGCAGCCAACCAGGGUCAGGCUGUGCUCACAGUUUCCUCUGGCGGCAUGUAAGGGCUCCACAAAGGAGUUGGGAGUUCAAAUGAGGCUGCUGUAGUCGGCAUGAGGAUGGACCCUGAGCCUUGAGCGGUGCUGCCCAGAGCCCCAGACCUGCACAGCAUGGCACUGAGGUGGCUGCCCACCCAGCUGUGAGCAAAAGCAGGUUGCAAUCAGCCCGACAGCACCCGGGCCAGCCCCCGGGCCAGCCCCCGACCCAUCCCGAAGAGCCAACUGCAGGCAGAGCCGGCAGAAGCCAGUGAGGCAGUGCUGCUGGGCUGCCAGUGUGGCCUGCGACUUGGGUCCCCUCCUGGAGUCUGUGGACAGGCUGCCACCGUGAAGCAUGUGAGGAACCGCCCUGGGAGCCAAGCAGGAGAAGAGGGAGAUGACCCUGAGAGAGAGGCCACCUUGAAAAGGAAGACAGGCACCCAUCGGGCUUGCAUAGAUUCCAUCUAACAAAGACUACCUACUGCUUUGCAAGGACCAUGCGGCCACUGUGUCUGACGUGCUGGUGGCUGGGACUGCUGGCCACGCUGGGAGCUGCUGCAGGCCCAGAGGAUGGCUUUGAGGGCACUGAGGAGGGCUCACAGAGUGAGUUUAUUUACCUCAACAGGUAUAAGCGAGCAGGCGAGUCCCAGGACAAGUGCACUUAUACCUUCAUCGUACCACAGCAACGAGUCACCGGCGCCAUCUGCGUCAACUCCAAGGAGCCUGAGGUGCUCCUGGAGAACCGUGUGCACAAGCAGGAGCUGGAGCUGCUCAACAAUGAGCUGCUCAAGCAGAAGCGGCAGAUUGAGACACUGCAGCAGCUGGUAGAGGUGGAUGGCGGCAUCGUGAGUGAGGUGAAGUUGCUGCGCAAGGAGAGCCGCAACAUGAACUCACGCGUUACACAGCUCUACAUGCAGCUCCUGCACGAGAUCAUCCGCAAGCGGGACAAUGCGCUGGAGCUCUCCCAGCUGGAGAACAGGAUCCUGAACCAGACGGCUGACAUGCUGCAGCUGGCCAGCAAGUACAAGGACCUGGAGCACAAGUACCAGCACCUGGCCACGUUGGCCCAUAAUCAGUCAGAGGUCAUCGCACAGCUUGAGGAGCACUGCCAGAGAGUUCCUGCUGCCAGGCCUAUGCCCCAGCCACCCCCUGUCACCCCACCCCGGGUCUAUCAGCCACCCACCUACAACCGUAUCACCAACCAGAUCUCCACCAAUGAGAUCCAGAGCGACCAGAACCUGAAGGUGCUGCCACCACCUCUGCCCACCAUGCCUGCCCUCACCAGCCUCCCAUCCUCCACAGACAAGCCAUCAGGCCCAUGGAGAGACUGUCUGCAGGCCCUGGAGGAUGGCCACGACACCAGCUCCAUUUACCUGGUUAAGCCUGAGAACACGAAUCGCCUCAUGCAGGUGUGGUGCGACCAGAGGCACGACCCUGGGGGCUGGACCGUCAUCCAAAGGCGCCUGGACGGCUCUGUCAAUUUCUUCAGGAACUGGGAGACAUACAAGCAAGGGUUUGGGAACAUUGAUGGCGAGUACUGGCUGGGCCUGGAGAACAUCUACUGGCUGACCAACCAAGGCAACUACAAACUGCUCGUGACCAUGGAGGACUGGUCCGGCCGCAAGGUCUUUGCAGAAUAUGCCAGCUUCCGCGUGGAGCCAGAGAGCGAGUAUUACAAGCUGCGGCUGGGGCGCUACCACGGCAAUGCAGGUGACUCCUUCACCUGGCACAAUGGCAAGCAGUUUACUACCCUCGACAGAGACCAUGAUGUCUACACAGGAAACUGUGCUCACUACCAGAAGGGAGGCUGGUGGUAUAAUGCCUGUGCCCACUCCAACCUCAACGGGGUCUGGUACCGAGGGGGCCAUUAUCGGAGCCGCUACCAGGAUGGGGUCUACUGGGCUGAGUUCCGAGGAGGGUCCUACUCGCUCAAGAAAGUGGUGAUGAUGAUCCGGCCCAACCCUAACACCUUCCAUUAAACCUGUCCCCCGCCUGACCUUGUGUGACCAUCACCAGGAGCUUCCCCAGCCUCGCAGGUCCGGCGCAAUGAGUAGCUCCUCACUGGUUCUUUUCUACGUUGGAAGGACCAGAACCCUGGAUUUUGUUUUCCCAAGUCACUGUGCCAGAUAAUGGGACAGAACUCAAGCAGUGUUCUCUGUCCCUCUUGCUUCUCUUCAUACCAGAAAGCCUCCAGAACAGGACAGGACUGCCGGUAACUUUGUUUAAAAAAAUGAAGUCUCUACAAUAAAAACACAACCGCAGACUAUCCUUACAAUACACAGUGCGUGAGCCUCGCCGGUGCACUUCUGUGUAUACCUCAUGUGUAUGCACUUAGAUACACAUCCCUUGUGCUAUGUCCACAUAUAUACGUGGGUUUGCUAUAGGACACACUCUAGUAUGCUCUACCCUAGUUAUGUACUCUCUUCAAUUCUCAGAUGUUGAAGCUGUGGCAACAGCUUUGAUCCUAAUGGAACACUUCCUUAGUGCUGUGUGACUUGAGCCCAUAGGCAGGUCACAGGCCAUGUAGCACCAAUUCAAAGACUGAUCCUUGGCCUGGCCUUGGUGUGCCUGGAUUCCUCCAGGAGUGUUUACAUGGCUCAUCUCUCAAAUAGGAGUUCCUCUCCUAAGAACCCCUGGGAGCACCUAAUCAAAUUUCAAAAUCCCCUUCCCUCUGUUUAUGCCCUUCCCCAUUCUCAGGACUUGUUACUGUCCCUUCGCCCAGUGCACUCAUGUGCCCCCUGUGCAGCAGCCGCUGCGCCUCUGCCCCUGGCUGCUCACUGUAGUUCACGGCAUCUCUCGCUUCCUACCCACGUCCACCUUUUCCGCCACAGAGACCUCCUUUCUAGGCAAGAUUCCUCCACCUCUAAGAAGGAAACAGUUCAGACUUGGGUUCUGGCUGGAAAAGGGGAGGCCAGCCCGAAAGCUGCAGCAGCGACCACAUAGAUUACGUAUUUAGCUUUGUAUGCUCCAUUCAUACUUUAGCUUCUACUUCAUUUUAACCUCCACACAAAUAGCAGCCUACCUUGCCAAAGGCACUCAGCCAAAGGGAACUUAAUGCGCCAAGAUGGCUAAGGACUGGAGGUCCCACCACAGGCAAAUCAGAGCCUGCACCUCAUCGAUGAACUGUACUUUCCUGGAGGACAGGGGCCACACACAGAACCGGCUGCUUCUCAAGAGUUGCUGGAUCACCGGGCUUCCAGAUCCUUUGGUCGAUGCUCUGCAGCUCGGCAGCUUCCUAAGUCCUGUUGGGCUCCACGGUGCCAGGAUGACUGCCACGCCAGGGGCAAGAAAUGAGUCAGGACGGUGAGACCCUCCCAGUGGGCAUGUGGGUCAGGCCUUCGAGGUGCGGGGCACUUGGUACUGUCCACGGCUGGGUGUGAGCCGGUUACCUCAGCAUUUCUCAGAAGUGUACCAUGUAGCAUGUUUCAUGUAUAUAAAAGGGAGGGUUUUUUAAAAAGUAUAUUCCCAGAUUAUCCUUGUAAUGACAUGAAUCUGCAAUAAAAGCCAUCAGUGCUACGUGGAUGUA